AUGGCAUUCUACAACGUUAGCACAGCUGCUCGCCUCGCCGAGCAAGCCUCUCCCUCGGUCUCCGUCGAAAAGGGCACAUAUCGUAUACGCGUGCCCUCUCCGCAGGCUCCAUUAAGGCGCCGGCGGCGUCCGCGCCACACUCCAUCUGCGACGAUAGAGAAACAGAUGGCGCUCUUGGUCAUCUUCCUCGUCUGUGCGACCAUUACGUGCUUCGGUGCCGCGUACUAUCUCUUCAUGACGAGUCGACGUCAUCGGUUCUAA